ACAAUUGUAUCACAAACACACAUACAUCACAAACACCCAACUCACUGUACGAGUACGUUUCCAAGAUACGGCAACAUUACUGAAGAUUUAAAUGCCGUAAACUAUCACACCAAUACAAGUUCAAUUGAGUUCUCUAGUAUGCAAUAGAUACUCCCUUAUUGCCUCCUUUACUACUGCCUUGCUGCAUCCACAGUGACAGUAUAAUGUUAAUAAGAUGUUAAAUGGUAAGAUACACCACCGAGAUGAGGGUGACGUGAUUCACGUAAGAGGGAACUGCACCAAGGCCGAUAUCAAGGAAGAUAAAAGAGACAUCGUUGUCUAGGUUAGUUCUGUCAAGCAUUCGAGUUAAAGGACACUAUUCCAUCAUCCGCUGGUCUCACACCACAGCUAAGUAGACGUGAUCCACAAGAUUGUGAAUCUUGCAUAUCUGGUGUGGCCCUUUGCUGAAUAAGGUACAACCAUCCUGAAGCAUGCCACCUCAUCAGAGUGACCCCAAAAGUGGUGUUGGGACCAACCUCAAGUUAACUGCUUACAAGGAGUUCCCUACAAACUAUCCUCACCAUAAUGUAGACCUGUGGUUAAGUGGAAAAAGAAUUGAUGACAAUGUUGGUCCCUACUGGAGGAUACAUAACAAGCUCUAUGAUCUAACAGACUUUGUUGACCGCCACCCAGGAGGCAGAAUGUGGCUAGAGGUCACCAAAGGCACAGACAUCACUGAGGCCUUUGAGAGUUCUCAUGUCAGUGAAAGUGCUGAGAAGCUCCUUAAAAAAUUUUAUGUUAAAGAUAUUUCAACACCCAGGAACUCUCCUUACACAUUUCAUGAAGAUGGUUUUUACAAAACAUUCAAAAGAAAGGUGCAACCUAUUCUGAAGGAAAUAGGUACUGGACCUUCAUGGAAAACCCUGGUGAUCCAAGAUGGCUUAGCCCUUGCCCUUGUUGUCCUGACAGUUGCUUGUUCUGUUUUAUCUUCUUAUACUCUUGCAGCUUUUGCAGGUGUUUUCCUGAGCAUGGUCAUAACAUGUGCCCACAACUUCUUCCAUCAGAAAGACAAUUGGAGGAUGCAUUAUUUUGAUCUGUCCUUUUCUACAGCACAUGAGUGGCGUGUGAGUCAUGCCCUCUCACAUCACCUCUACACUAAUACUGCCAAUGAUAUUGAAAUAUCUACUUUAGAGCCACUGUGGGAGUUUUUACCAAAACCUGACAAAAAUUUACUCCAGAGAUAUGGGAGUAUUGUCUAUGAUUUGGUCUUGGUACCACUCGUACCCCUUUGCCAGCAUGUGCUAAAUAUCUAUGCAGCAUGUGUUAAGGGUAAAGCACUUCCCCCAGGGGAAUUUGCACAGUAUUCUGUGUUGAUCAUGAUAUCUAUCUUCUCUCAGUCCUUUUGGCUAGCCCUCAGAUUAUUCAUGGCACUGCACUUAACUGCAUAUUUUGUAUUCUUAUUUAUUGGCCUGACAGCAGCCCACCACCAUCCUGAUAUUUUCCAUGAUGGAGACAAGAUGAGAGAUAAUCCUGACUGGGGACUGUGCCAGCUAGAUGCAGUGAGAGACAGGAUGGAAGUUACUGGCAACCUGCUAAUGGUGUUGACAACUUUUGGUGAACACACUCUUCACCAUCUCCUGCCCACUGUUGACCACUCAAAACUGAACAGCCUCUACCCAGUCUUCUUGGAAACAUGCAAGGAAUUCAAUAUACCAUUUUCCUUUAUGAAUUGGCCAACUUUAUUUGCUGGAAAAUACUUGCAGAUGGCUAAUAUUACCCCAAACUCUAAUUAUCCAGGAUAUAAGGUUAAGGUGUCUUAAAAAUCAUAUUAAUCUGGAUCAGCUUUAGGAAAACUGAUAUUCCCUAAUUAUUAUAUAGUUAAUUAUAUGUAAAUUCUUUUGAUUUAGAGCAAAACUAUGGUUAUCAUGGGCUAGUUUACCUAUUUAUCUGUUCAUCUCUGACACCUUGCAAGAGUAUCCCCGAAGAAAUUAUUGCAGGUGGUUUAUGUCCUCCAUUUUUUUUCCAUUCCUCAAAGUUCAUAGAUUUUCUUAUGAAAACUAAUUUGAAGAUAAGUAUGUUAAUCAUUUUGGCAGUAUGGAAUCUUCCAGCUUUUACUUUGUCUUAUAUAUCAUUUAUGUGCUUUUUGCAUAAAUCUUUGCUUGUGUUUAAAUCUAAAUACUAAGAACAUUGAUAUAUGGUUUGCAUAAACUAUGCAGUUUUGUGUUCAGCAUUCAUACAUUGUCUAAAUACCUUGUUCCUUAUUUUUUAAAAUCUAGGCAUAGGGAAUAAUUUUUUGUUCUCUUAAUUAGGCUGCUAGAUGAGUUUAGACAGGUGUGUAGGAAACUGAAGGUUGAUGUAGGAAAGAAUAAGGUAAUGAAAUGCACUAGAGAGGCAAGUGGCAGGAUGAAUGUAAGGCUGAAUGGUGAGAAGCUGAAGGAGUUAGACUUUCAGUUAUCUUGAAUCUACAGUAGCAGAGGAUGGAAAGGUAGAGACACAGGUUAGAGCUAGGAUGAAGCAAGCAGAAGUGUUAGGAGGAAUGAAUAGAAUGUUUGAAAGUAGGGCACUUGGAAUGAAUGUAAAAGGAAUAUUGUAUAGAAGGAUGGUAGUACCUACUACAUGUUGUGCUAAGACUUGGAGUAUGGGGGCAGCAGAAAAGAAGAGAUUGAAUGUAAUGGAGAUAAGAUAUCUAAAGAGUAUGUGUGGAGUAACUUGGAUAAUCAGAAAUGAGGAGGCGAGAACAGACGUUCUAAGAGACUUGGCAGGAUGGGCAGAGUAAUGUGCACAGAGGUUGUAUGGACACAUUGAGAAAAUGGUGAAGAAGAUAGUAAGAUCAAGUGUGAGAGGUGUAAAUUAGUAAGGUAGGGCACAUAAGUCGGGGAUAGAUAUGCAAUGUAAAGGAAACAUUAAAAGGAAGAGAACUGAUAUAUUGUGCAUAACAGAAGUGAAUGAAGAGCAGUUGUGAGUAAGUGAGGAAUAACAGUUUUGCAACCUCCAAGGGAGGUGCCACACAUCAAUAGUUUCACACAGGUGUGUAGCAUUCAGGUGUGGUAAGGGAAAGUAUAUACUUGCUAUGAAGGAGGCUUGUUCCAGACCAAACUAUCCAAGUUAUGCAACUGAUUCCUGUAAAGUGAGGACAGGAGUAGCUUCUGUUCUUUGUUGGGGGUCAAUGGGCUAAGAAAGUAGUGUGAAUGUGAAAGUUGUGUACCUUGUCUUUUUGGGGGAAGACAGCCUUGGUAUAUGUAUGUACUUAUGUUCUUAAUUGUACUUGAUUUGCAUGAAAAGAAUAAAGAAUAAGCUCUGAA